GCUUGAAAAUCUCUCUGAAACAUCGAACAAUUUAAUGGAUAGUUUCGCUGACCUGUGUCGGCUUUGCCGCGCCCACAACGACCGGGCUGAACACUGGCCACAUCUAUUUCACUGCGAAGCAACCGAACCCGACUAUCACUUGCUACAGAAGAUUCACUCCUGCACCAACAUCCAAAUCACAGAGGAUGAUCGUCUACCGAAACGUAUCUGCUGCCAGUGCCGGUUAGCGCUGGACCAGGCGUACACGUUCCGAUUGCAGUGCGAUGAAGUGAACACCCAAUGGUUACUGGAAGCUGAAGUUCUGGAGCAGAGCGAAUCGCCGGUGAUUAAAGUAGAUCUGGACACUGCGCUUCCUUCAGUUGCUUCGGUUUAUGUGAAACCGGAACUUGAGGAUGACGAUUUUGACGACAGUGAACACUUGAGUUUAGCCGAACUGCUGAAAGUUGAGUCGAAGGAGAAAUCCGACGGGGAACUGGUGAAAGAUGAACCUAGCGGAGACGAACUGGACGACUCGGAUGAACCUGAAGAGGUGAAGCCGGUUCGAAGGAAACGAGGCCCAAAAUCGUCGGAGCCGAAACAGAAAACACGCUUCCACUGCAGUUUGUGUCCGAGACACUUUGCCCGAAAGUGUCGACUGCGAGAACACGAGCUAAGACACAGCGGGGUCAAGAACUUUGAGUGCGAGACGUGCCAUAACAAGUUCUUUGCGGAAACGGAUCUCAGAACGCACAUUGCACGGCAACACGCCACGGAUCUUCCGUUCAUUUGUGAAAAGUGUGGCCAGGGCUUCUCGUCCAAGGGACAACGCACCAAUCACUACAAUACACAUCUGGAGUCGAGGGAAUUUGCAUGUGAUGUGUGCUCCAAAAGCUUCAAAACCAAGUACAUUCUGAAGGCUCACAUGGAGUUUCAUCUGCCGAAGGAACUUCGGAAGGAGUGCUACAAGUACAAGAAACCCGUAGCAAACAACAAAACAUACGUCUGUCCAUACUGCGGCAAGGUUUCCACGUCCAGCGGAGUACACAACAAGCACAUCCGGAUCCACACGGGCGAUCAGCGGUACGAGUGCAACGUCUGCAACAAGAAGUUUACGGCGUCCUUUUCGCUCAUCUCUCAUAUGCGAACGCACACGGACGAGCGGCCGUACCGAUGCGAGCACUGCCAGAAGGCUUUCCGGCUGCGAAACCAUAUGAAAAAUCAUGUCCGGUCUGCGCACACGAACGAACGGCCCUACCAGUGCAAAUACUGCACGCGGACGUUUGUAACGCGGGGGAAUAUGCGAUUGCACGAGCGGAUCCACGGGGAACCGGCGAGCGCACCGACGAAGGUGGCCAGCGUGGAUCCAUUUUCCGGAAUCGGUUCCAGAGCGUCCAAAAUGGACACUUUUUGGCUGAUGGACGCCUACGCUGACCUGUGCCGGUUGUGCCGCGUCCGGAACGAGGAGCAACCCGCCGAAGAGUGGCCACAUCUGUUCCACGUCGGCAACGAGCACCUGCUGAUGAAAAUCCGAGCCUGCACCAACGUGUGCAUAAUCGAGCGUGACCCGCUGCCAAAACGCGUCUGCUUCAGGUGCCAGGCGGCCCUCGAACUGGCCCACACGUUCCGGCUGCAGUGCGACAAAGCGGACGCGCAAUGGCAGCGCCAGCGGGAGUUGGUGGAAAAGGUAGGACAAACGGCGGCGGUACCGGAAACUGUACCGCUUCUCGAGGCGGAAACGGUGCCCGUUCCGGAUGCGACAGAGGUGGUGCGGUACUUUUACCGAGGUCCAAACGACAAGCGCUUCGUGUGUCGGUUCUGUCCGAGACACUUUAGCCGGAAGUGUCGGCUGAAAGAGCACGAGGCACAACAUACGGAAACUCAACAGGAAGCUACUCCGCAAAAGGAGUCGGAAGAACAUAGCGCGGUAGCCGUGAAGCAGGAGCUGGACAUUUUGGAUGUGUUCGAAAGCGAAGAGUUGCCAACAACGGAUAUGUCGGCAAAGGAACUUCAAUCCGAACCAGUUCUUAGUUCGGUCGACAAAUCAAUGCUGGACGACAACAAUCGAUUACGAGAGAACGAAGUUAAUGAAUCAGUUCCCGUGACAGAAGCAGAGCCGCCAGCUAAAUCACCCAUAGAAAUGGGUGCUAAACCACCCACCGAGGAGGUCAGGUAUUUUUACCGAGGUCCCGGCGGUCCCAACACCUGGAACAAACGCUUCCAGUGCCGAUUCUGUCCGCGGCACUUUGGCCGCAAGUGUCGCCUGCGAGAGCACGAGGCACAGCACAAGGAAACUCAACAGGAAACACCGCCAAUGGGCGUGGGUGUUGCUGACCCGGUAGCUGUGAAGCAGGAGCCGGAAGUGUUCGUAGUUGAAGAACUGCCAACAAGUGAUAUGUCAAUGAAGGAUCUUGAAUCGGUACCAGUUCUCAAUUCUGUAGGCAAAUCAAUGCUUGAGAUGGACGACAACCAUCGAGUACGAGAGCACGAAAUUACUGAACCAGUUUCCGUGUCAGAAGGUGAGCAAGGUUCAGUGUACGAGCCGCUAACCGAAUCAACGCUUCAAAUGGCUGUCGAACCACCCACGGGAGAGGUCAGGUUCUUCUACAGAGGUCCGAGUGGACCCAACUCCUGGAACAAACGCUUCCAGUGUCAGUUUUGUCCGCGGCAUUUUGGCCGGAAGUGUCGUCUGCGGGAGCACGAGAUGCGCCAUAGCGGAGUUCAGAGGUUCCCGUGUGCCAGCUGUAGCCGUUCUUUUUACUCCGAGCGGGAUCGCAUCGUCCACCAGGAGCACAUGCACGGAAAUUCCCCGUUCGCUUGCAGCAAGUGUGGCAUCAAGUUCAAAACGCAAGAGGGACUGGACAAACACGAUCACACGAAACCGCGGAAUCACAAGUGUGAUCUCUGCUUGAAGGCAUUCACGACCAAACAAGGGUUGGAGUACCACAAGCAAAGGCACGCGAAGGCGGACUACUCGAAGCUGCGAGGCCAGGACUUGAACCGGAUCUGCAUGUGUCCGCACUGUGGUCACAUUUCGCACUCGCACAACGCGCACGUUUUGCACCUGCGGACGCAUACCGGUGGACAAGAUAGUGCGACGGAGUCCGAAUCUUCGAUUACGCCCUGGACACAAGAAGGAAUCUUCAGCGCAAUCAUAACGUCGUCCCACUUCUUGAUAGAUCCAACACUUUAUUGGGUGGAACCAUGCCCCACAAGCGGUUCUCCGUGCGUCUUCUCGUGCGCCUGCAUGCUCUGCCGCGUUACGAACGCCAUCGGGCAGAACCGACACGGGAAGGGUCGCUCGUUGCUGUGGACCCCGCGGAUGUUUGACGGAGUUCUCCCCGAAAUUAAACCUCCACCAAGCGUCCGCGUCCUGGCACUGCCGGCGAAAGGUGUCGGCUUGGUCCAGCGAGGCCUCACAGCGUCGGCAGACCCGUUGCGGCAAGCCAUCGUCCGCCUCUAUUCGCACGCCGGUGCAAAGGUGAAUCUUCUCCAGUGUUUGCUCGUGGCCGGAUCGACCGAGCAGUGUCCAGUUGUCGGUGGAAUCGUUUUCCGCCCGGCACAGCCGGCAGCGUCCGCUUCCCGACACUGCAACCGGAAGGUGUCGGCCUGGUCCAGCGAUGCUUCACAGCGCUGGCAGAUCCGUUGCGGCAAGCCAUCAUCCGCCCGUAUCUGUACACCGAACGCAAAUGCAAACAACAACCGUUUUGUUGAUUCCAAUCAUCAAAACAGUCCACAAAACGACUUCCAUUCCAAAUCAAAUCAAAACAUGGACCUUUUCGUGAACCAUUGCCGACUGUGCCGGGCGGAGAACUCUCCGACAGAAAGCUGGCCACUGCUGAUUGAAUCUGGUGACGAGCACCUGCUGGAGAAGAUCCAAGCCUGCACCGGAGUACAGAUUCGGGAGGACGAUGGCUUACCACGACGAAUCUGCCAGCGCUGUGAAGCAUCGCUGGACCAGGCCAACAACUUCCGGGUUCAGUGUCAGGAAGCGGACGCUUGGUGGAGGUUUAAUUUCGAGGAAAGCGUCGUCAAACCUGAUGCGAUUACAUUGGUCUUUGUAAAACCGGAAGUAGAAGAGGAGCACGGAGAGGAGAACGAUAGCAGUGGGCAUCCGGUGGAGACGGUUCUCAAGAAGGAACCGAUGAUGUUUGAAGAUUCCGAUUACGAACAAGCAAAGGAGGAGCCAAGCUCGGAUGAAUGGGAGGCCGUCUCGAAGCGGAAGAAGGCAAAACCAAAGAAGAAAAGUGCAAAAGAAUUCCGGUGCGAUGUUUGCUCUAGGCAGUUAGCCAACAAGCAAAACCUGGAAGAGCACAUGAGCCUACACAGCGGAGUCCAGAACUUUGAGUGUUCGGAGUGCGACAGCAAAUUCUUCUGUGCAGCUGGUCUUAAACGGCACGUGGACAGGAAACACCCGGAUCACCAGCCAUUUCAGUGUGACAAAUGUGACCGAAAGUAUACAAAGAAAUCUCAUCUCUUGGAGCACCAAAAUACACAUUCGGAUGCGAGACCGUACAGCUGCAAACUCUGUCCCAUGGCGUUUAAGACCAAAACCAAUCUAAAUGGUCACAUGCGAUGGGUACACCAACCGGAGGAGGUCAGGGAAGAGUUGAAGAGGAAAAGCGAACGGAUUUGCGUAUGUUCCUACUGCGGCAAGAUUUCCAAGUCAGUCACUACUCACAAGAAGCAUCUGAUAACUCACACAGGAGAGAAGAACUACGAGUGCCAGAUCUGCAACAAACGGUUCACGGCGCUGUGGUCCCACCGCAAGCACAUGCUUAUCCAUACGGACGAACGACCGCACCAGUGCGAGUUCUGUCAGAAGGCGUUCCGUGCGAAACAUCAUCUGACAACGCACAUUCGAGGAGUUCAUACCAACGAGCGGCCCUACCAGUGCCGGUUCUGUCCGAAGGCGUUCGUAACCAAGCAGAGCAUGCAGUUCCACGAGAAGACGCACGGCGAACCAGUGUCUGGACUAAGCGGGUGUUAAUAAAAUUGCUGAAUCAGUU